AAUUAAUUAAUAGUUCAAUAUAACAAUUCAAUAAUACACACAUCCAUGUAACUAACUGUUACACCAAUUAUCUUAAUCACAUUCACAUGUACAGAUAGAUUGAUUUUUAAUAUAUAUAUAUAUACACACAUAAUUAAAAAUGGGAGAUUCGACGACGAAGGCGGCAGCGUUAGGGUUGGCCUCCAUCCUCCUGGUGGCGAUGGUGGUGGCGGUGGCGGUGACCGUCAGCAAGAAAAGCAGCGACGGCGACAUCAACUCGUCGACGAAGUCGAUGCACUCCAUUUGCCAGCCGACGGACUACAAAGAAACCUGCGAGAAGACAUUGCAGAACACGAAUUCCUCCGAUCCCAAGGAGCUCGUCAAGGCGGCGUUUCAGGCCACCGUCGACGACCUCCGGAACGCCAUUAAAGACUCCUCUCUCUACAAGGAAGCCGACUCCGAUCCCAGGACCAAAGGCGCCCUCGACGUCUGCGAGGAAGUCCUCAACGACUCCGUCGACGAUCUGCAGAGGUCGUUCGACAAGGUCGGAGAAUUCGACGUCAGCAAACUCGACGAUUACGUCGAGGACGUCAAGACAUGGCUGAGCGGCGCCAUCGCCCACCACGAGGCCUGUAAGGACGCCUUCGACAACACCACCGGCGACACCGGCGAGAAGAUGAAGGAGCUGCUGCAUAACUCCGGCGAGAUGCUCAGCAAUGGCCUCGCCAUGGUUAGCGGCUUCUCGAGCAUACUUUCUUCCUUGGGUUUGGACAGCCUCACAAACCAGCGGCGCCUCCUGUCGGAGGGCGAUGAGCCGCCGCCUUUCGUGGAGGGCGUGAAGAGGAAGCUGAUGGCGGAGCCUCAGGCGCCGGUGAAAACCAACAUCGUUGUGGCGCAGGACGGCAGCGGCGACUUUAGGACCAUUAAUGAGUCGAUCGCGUCGUUGCCGCCGAAGAAUAAUCAGACCAUCACCAUUCACGUCAAGGCCGGCGUUUAUAAGGAGACUGUCAUCGUUCCCAAGAAGGUCAAUAAUGUCAUUUUGAUCGGAGAGGGUCCGACGAAGACGAGAAUCUCCGGCAGUAAGAAUUACGCCGACGGGACCCCCACUUACCACACUUGUGUACUCGCUAUUAAUGCUGACGGAUUCAUGGCGAAGGACAUCGGAAUCGAGAACACCGCCGGAGCGGAGAAGCACCAGGCGGUGGCGGUGCGGGUUUCCGGCGACAAGGCGGUGUUCUUCAACGUCCACAUGGACGGUUACCAAGACACACUGUACGCCCACAGUUACCGGCAGUACUACCGCGACUGCGUCAUCUCCGGCACCAUCGAUUUCAUCUUCGGCGACGCCGCCUCCGUCUUCCAGAAGUGCAAGCUCGUCGUCCGGAAGCCCAUGGCGAAUCAGGGUUGUAUGGUGACCGCCCAGGGGCGGAAGGACCGCCGGAGCGUGGGCGUCAUCGUCCUGCAGAACUGCGACAUCGUCCCCGACCCGGCGUUCCUGCAGUUGCAGCCGCCGGCGAAGGCGUACCUGGGGCGGCCAUGGAAGGAAUUCUCCCGGACGAUCAUAAUGCAGAGCUUCAUCGACGGCUUCAUAGCGCCGGAGGGAUGGUCGCCGUGGAUGGGGAACUUUGCGCUGGACACGUUGUACUACGGGGAGUACCAGAACCGCGGACCCGGGUCGGAUACCUCGAAACGGGUCACGUGGAAGGGGAUCCAGAAAAUAACUCCGGAGCUGGCGGAGAGCUUCACUCCGGCGAAGGUGUACGCCGGAGACGAAUGGGUCAUCAAAGCCGCCGUACCCUAUUCUCCCGGCAUGAUGCAAGUGUAAAACUGUCUGUAGUUAUAACUGUACGUAGUAGUAGUUGAUACAUCAUUUAUAUAAUUAAUUAGUUACUGUUUAUUUAUUUAGUUAAUUAGUUUUUUUGUAUGAUUGAAAAAUUUUGGGUGGGUUUUCAUUGUAAUAAGAAGGACCACAUGAUAAAUAGAAAUAAUAUUUUUUUGGCCAUUUAAAAUGAAUUUCUUAAGUAGCUACCUAACCUAAUCAACGUGUCACAUAAGAAAAUGGACCCAAUUGAAUUGGCAUCAACAUCAAAUCAAUUUGACUCAAAUCGAUCGAUUU